AUGUCGGCUCAAGAUGUAUGCGACGAUGUUCCCGACUCCUGGUCUCUCCACCCCCUCGUCAUCCAGCACGUGCCCAGUGAAGAAGACAAGCGCCGGUGUCCCGCUUUGGUGGGCGUCGAAGACAUUCUCUAUGGGGACGGGCCUGCUUGUGUUCAGACCACCUACAGGACUCAGGGAAACAAUGCAAUAGAGUUAGCAAAGGGAGCAAAGACGGACGAGGAACGUCGUGAAAAACUAGAUUUGGCACUGCGAUUCUAUGAUGGAGCUCUGGAGGUUGACUUAACUUCAGACAUCGAAAAUGGUGUCAUUACGCAGAAAGAGGCCGAUGAGCGUGCAGCAGCGUUACUCUCCAACAAGGCAGAGGCUCUACGCCUACUCGGACAUCUCUCUGAAGCAUACAAGGCGGCAACCCUGGCGCUUGCUCGUGAUAAAGAGUGCUGGAAGGCAUAUCUACGACGGGCCCGCAUAUGUGAAGAGCUGGAUGAUAUUGCAAGGGCAGUCAACAACUACAAGAGGGCCUACGAUACGUCUUUUAGGGCGGAUGUACUGCGAUUAUUGCAAAAGACACGCGACAUCUAUACAAAGAAGGCGCUGGAAUAUGCUGCUAUUGCUGCAUAUUACCAGCAGCAUGACCCGAGGACAGCUGGGCGCGUUGGAUUAGUGCUUCCCUUUUGCAACCUAAAGAAUACACUCUCAGACGCUAUCGCCAAUGCAAAAGUUUUACACGUGGUUUACCCAGAGUUUGGGUCUAUAGAGAGGAUAGAGUCAUUUGAUUACACCACUCCUCUCGCUAUCUACCUAGACAUCCUCUAUGGAACCCCUCGUGGAAACCAAGAGUUCGACACCAAUUACAAGGCGGGUGAAGUAAUCUUACUGUACGGAAUUGGUUGGUGUGACAUAAUAGGGGCAUCUGGGCACAUAGAGAGCUUCAGCUCGAUGUCUGCAACCUUUGUGGAGGCGGAUCCUAGCUUCACCUUUGGCCAGUUACUCGACAAAGGAUGCACAAUACCUCUCGUGCCAACACUCUUCGCCGUUAGCAAAAACAUAAAACCCUUAUUCUUGAAAUCAUAUUGCGGAACACAAGAUUCUAUAAGCUGA